CAUUGUGUUCAGAGUGUGACCACAGAGAGCAGAGGACGGGUCAGGUUCCACAGAGGCGAAACACAAGAAUGGUUUGACGUAGGGAACAACGAAAAAACGAGACGUUUCUCGAGGCCUAUUUCUUUGGAGGACUAACAAUAAACCUGUGCUUUUGUGUUCAGCUAUGGAGCCCUCACUGACUGGCAACUCACCCAGCGUAAAGCCCAGCCCUCCAUCUCCAUCCAACCUGAGAGCCGGUCUUUCUAUGCCCAGCCCAUCUCCCACAGCACCUGCAGCAACCUCAGUUCAAGCCAAGCCUAAACUUACAAUACCAACACCUCCAACCACACCCAUAUCUUCCAGCUCCACUGCGUCCCCUCAAACCUUCCCCAGCCAUUCUUCUCGCUCUUUCUCCGUUUCCACGCCGACUUCGUCACCCCUGCGCCAGCCUAUCAGGAGCCUCUCUCAUGGGGGCAGAUCACAGCUCAAUGCGGCCUCCACGGAGAAUCCUCCGAGUGGAUGCUCGGCUUCUGGAAUUACCUCCGCUCCAAAGACGUCCUCCACACCUGUAACAGAUGAGCCUGAGGAGGAGGCCAGUUUUGAAGAUGUGGAGGUCAAAGCAAAGUCGGGAGAUGCUAAAGCACAGACAAAGAUGGGCUGCUACUUUCUGGCCCUGGCAGAACAAAGAGACGAGGAGCUGAACAACUGCACAGCGGUCACCUGGCUGGUCCAGGCUGCUAAGCAGGGGCGCAAGGACGCCGUCAGACUGCUGCGGCAGUGCCUAGCCGCCAGGAAAGGCAUCACUUUGGAGAACCUUGAGGAGGUGAAGAAGCUGUGCACAGAGACGCGCUUCGAGAGAGGAGUUCGAAAAGCGGCUCUGCUGAUGUACUGGAAGUUGAACCCGGAGAGGAAAAAGUCAGUGGCGGUGUCUGAGAUGCUCGAGAACGUUGAGCAUGUCCACACAGAGCCGGGCAAACCAGUGUCCCCUGGUCCCCUGAACAGCUCUGCCAAGAAACAGAGGAGAGUCCUGGAGACUAUGGUCACAAGCGAAGCCAGCUCCCACGUGGGUCUUGAUGACUUUGUUGAGAUGACUAAGAAGUAUGCUCAGGGCAUCGCACCGUCGCCAGUCAUGGCUGCAGCGGGAGGUGAUGAGGACAACAACGACGACGACGACGUAGUAGUGAGAAAUCCAGACGAACUGCCUCUGCACCAAAAGCUGCUGAAGUUCCCUCUUUACGCUCUGCUGGAGAUCAAGGAGCACCUCAUCGACUGGGCGUCGCGUGCUGGCAUGCAGUGGCUCAGCGCCCUGAUCCCCACCCACCAUGUUAACGCCCUCAUCUUCUUCUUCAUCAUCUCCAACCUCACUGUCGAGUUCUUCAUCUUCCUCAUCCCCCUGCUGGUUUUCUACCUCUCGUUCUUCUCCAUGGUCAUCUGCACGCUGCGUGUAUUCCAGAAUUCAAAAGCAUGGGAAAACUUCCAGGCUCUGACAGACCUGCUAUCUCACUUUGAACCUGGUCUGGAUCUGGAGCAGGCCGAGACCAACUUUGGAUGGACACAUUUAGAGCCUUAUCUGUACUUCCUGCUCUCUGUGGUCUUUGUGGUUUUCUCCUUCCCAGUUGCUGAUAAAUCCUGGAUCCCCUGCUCGGAGCUGGCUGCCGUCGCUCUCUUCUUCACCGUCACUGCCUUCCUCAGCCUUCACGCCUCUGCUCAGCUCUUUGCCCGUAAGGCUCUCCUCACGGAGGUUCUCUCCGGUGCCUGCUUGCUGACUCGACUACUGCCAGACUCGCUGUGGUUCCUCAGGGUUUUUGGGAUGACGUUCCUCACUGUGCCCCUUGGGGAUAUCAUGGCAUUUAACCUGGGGGUGCCAUGUUUUUUAUACGGGCAUCUUUUUUAUCUCCUUUUCCAAAUGGCCCAGCUGAGAGGCUUCAAGGGCACUUACCUGUGCCUUGUGCCCUACCUGGUGUGUUUCACCUGGUGCGAGCUCUGCUUGGUGUUCCUCAAUAACGCCACAGUGCUGGGACUCAUCCGCACCUGUGUGGGCUACUUCCUCUUCCUCUUUGCUCUUCCUAUACUCUCGCUGGGCCUGGCUGCAAUGGUCAUCAUCCAGUUACUGCAGUGGUUCCUCGCCCUGGAGCUGACCAAGAUGUUGGUCACAGUAACAGUUUGUUUUGUGCCAGUAGUGUUGAGGCUCUGGACCCGUUUCAGCCUCAACCCUAUUGCGGUUUUCCGGUCUUUGUCACGAAGCAGCAUCGUCAAGCUCAUCCUGGUGUGGCUCAGUGCGGUGGUGCUGUUCUGCUGGAUGUAUGUCUACAGGUCUGAGGGCAUGAAGGUAUACAACUCCACUCUGACCUGGCCUGAGUACAGUAACCUCUGUGGGCCUCUGGCAUGGAAAGAGUCCAACAUGGCUCAAACUCAGAUUCUGUGCUCGCAUCUCGAAGGCCACCGCGUGACCUGGACCGGGCGCUUCAAAUACGUCCGUGUGACCGACAUUGAGAACGGGCCUCAGUCCGUGAUCAACCUGCUGCCUGUGUUCGUGGGGAACUGGAUGCGGUGUCUGUACGGUGAGCCGUAUCCCCUGUGUGAGGCGGUGAAAAACGGAACAGCCGAGCCCCAGCCCCUGCCCGCACCCGCCCCCCCUCCAGAAAACCCCCUCUGCAGACUUAAGAAGCUGGCCAAGCACGAGUGUCACAUCAAACGCUUCGAUCGAUACAAGUUUGAAGUCACGAUGGGAAUGCCGCUGGAGAGGAAGAGCCGGAACGGGACCGUCAUCGAAGACGAAGACGCCACCAAGGACAUAGUGCUCCGGGCCAGCAACGAGUUCAAGUCUGUGCUUUUACACCUAAACACAGGAAGCCUGGUGCAGUUCAGCACCGUGCUGGAGGGACGUCUGGGCUCCAAGUGGCCCGUGUUCGAGCUCAAAGCCAUCCACUGCGUGUCAUGCGGCGACGCCAGCGAGCCGAGGCGCAGGCAGUACAAGAUCGAACACGACUGGAGGCGCACGGCGCAGAGCGCGAUACAGUUUGGGUUCGACUUCUUUUUCAACCCCUUCCUCACCGCGCAGCUGGAGCACUCGGAGGCAGAGGGUGAAGCAGACGCUGUGACGGACAUGAGCCGUAGAGAUGAAGACGUCUGACAAUCUGUGGGAGAAAUGGAAGAUGAAUGUGUGUAACGAUAGCACUUUCCUCAGUUAAAAAAAUGAAUUAGUAUCAACCUCUGUCCUUAACAGACUCGACUACUGAUUACUUAGUAGUACUACAGGGCAGAUACUCAGACAUUUGUUGUGUCUGCAGUGAGCGUGUGUUUGUAUUUUUAUAGCUUUUGAGCCAAAAUGUCUACGAACACAUAGUAUAUUAAAAUAAGAAACACAAAGUAACACUCUCUUGAACACUUGAUCCUAUUUCAGGCUGCAGUUGUGCUCCCUGCAGAGUCUGAGUGUGAAGGGAUGUUGAUUUAGUCUGUUUUGAAAUCAGUUUCCAGGUUGUAGUACUGAUAUGUUUUAUGAUUGUGUUUUUAAGCUACAAAUUAUAAUAGGACCAGUUGUUUCCUUUAUAUAAACUGCUGUGAUUCAGAUGACAACUACCCUUUGCUGCCAAGCUUUAUUUGUUUCUGUUCAUGGCCAGGAUGCAGUUUCGAGUGGUUUAGGUGCCAUAUUAAACAUGUAGGAUGAUGUAAAUCGCUCCACUGUUAGGUGCAUAACUGCAUUCAUGCUUUUAUUAAUUGCAGAGCAGUUAUCCAUGUUCAUGCCAAUGCAUCUGUUCUGGUGUGUUCUUUGUUUCCAUCUCUGCUGUGCAGGGAAUUAUUAUAUUGUAUUGAAGCACAGACUUUAAUCAGAAGUUUGCAGUUUUUGAUGUAAAAUGGGCUUUACUAUAGAAUGACACUAUUGUUUUCAGUACUGUGACCAAUAAAGAUCAUGAGAUACUGA